AGUAGAAUCUGCCGGUGGGUCAGCUCUGUGUGUUCGGCUGCAGGAGGAGUAACGGAGUAAACGGAGCUUUGAUUCAGCUGUUGUGGCCGAAGAUGGCGGCGUGUAGACGUGUUCAGCCGCUGCUGCUCCUCAUGUCUGUCUGCCUGCUCGCCGUACAGUCUCUUAAACCUCCUCCGGGAUUCGGGAAUGUUCAUCCACCGGCGCUCGCCAAGCACCAGCAGCUCAAAGCUGCGAUACUGAACCCCGGGAAUAACGCCGCCGCCGCUGCUGCCGCCGCCGCGUCCUCCGGUUCUCAGACCAGGAGAUCCAGCAGCUGGAAACUGGCAGAAGAGCAGGCCUGCCGGGACGACGUGACCCGUCUGUGUGCGAAACACACCUGGACAAACAACCUGUCUGUGCUGGAAUGCCUGCAGGACAAGAAGGAGGACACAGAGAUUGCUUCAGACUGCAACCAUCUGUUGUGGAACUACAAGCUGAACUUGACCACAGAUCCGAAGUUUGAGUCUGUGGCGCUGGAAGUGUGUACGAGCACCAUGUUAGAGCUGAAAGAGUGCGCAGAUGAGGAGCGAGGGAAAGGAUAUCUGAUGUCCUGCUUAGUGGACCACCGUGCCAACAUCACGGAGCGCCAGUGUCAUCAGUACAUCACCAAAAUGACCAGCAUCGUCUUCAGCGACUACCGCCUCAUCUGUGGCUUCAUGGAUAAAUGCAGAGAAGACAUCAACACUCUGCAGUGUGGAAGCAUCAGCGUUGGGGAAAAAGACUUGCAUUCCCAGGGUGAUGUGAUUGCUUGCCUGGAAAGAGCUCUGGUCAGAGAGGCUGAGCAGCAGGACAAGGCUCAUCAAAUCAAAGACCAAUGCAAGAAGUCAAUCAUGAGAGUGGCCGAACUGUCAGCCGACGACUUCCACCUCGACCGAUACCUCUACUUCUCCUGCCGAGACGACCGCGAGCGAUUCUGUGAAAAUACCCAAGUGGGAGAGGGCAGAGUGUACAAAUGCCUGUUCAACCAUAAAUUUGAGGAAGCGAUGUCAGAAAAGUGCAGAAACGCCCUGACCACUCGGCAGAAGCUCAUUGCGCAAGAUUAUAAGGUCAGUUACUCCCUCGCGAAGGCUUGCAAGGCCGACCUGCGCAAGUACCGCUGUAAUCCAGACACCAGCAUGCCUCGUGCUCGAGAGGCCCGACUGUCCUACCUGCUGCUCUGCCUGGAGUCGGCUGUUCACAGAGGCCGUACGGUGAGCGGUGACUGUCAGGCAGAGAUGCUGGACUACAGACGGAUGCUGAUGGAGGAUUUCUCUCUGAGUCCGGAGAUCGUAUUACACUGUCGAGGAGAGAUCGAGGCUCACUGUUCAGGCCUUCACCGCAAGGGCCGAACGCUGCACUGCCUGAUGAGGGUCGCACGCGGGGACACGGGGAAGGGCGCAGUGGACAACCUCUGCCAGACCGCUCUUCAGACACUCAUCCAGUCAGCAGACCCUGGUGCCGAUUAUCGCAUCGAUCGAGCUUUAAAUGAAGCCUGCGAGUCUGUGAUCCAGACGGCCUGCAAACACAUCCGGAACGGAGACCCAAUGAUCCUGUCUUGUUUAAUGGAACACCUUUACACCGAGAAGAUGGUGCAGGACUGCGAACACCGGCUGCUGGAGCUUCAAUACUUCAUUUCAAGAGACUGGAAGUAAUCAACCUAACCUUUACUUUUCCUUUUCUCUUUACCUGACCUUACUGAUGCUCACACAAAAAUAAGACUCUUCAAAAAC